AUGUCCUCGCACCACCUCCCAACGCACUCGGACGCGUUCCACCUGCGUCGUCCACGAACCAACCACGUCCUCGGCGGCCGCCUUGGCCAGAAGCACAUGCUGCUCGCUCCCGGCCUCGCCAUGGCGCCGGUGCCAGGCCCAAGCACCCGCUCGCCGCUCUUCUCUCCACCCAAGGCUCUGCGCCCCGCCGUGAGCGAGGAGAGUCUCGAGCGCUCGGCGCCCAUCGCGAUCGCGCCGAGCGAGACGCCUCGCGCUGCUCCUAUCCCCAUCGUGCCCUCGCCGCCGACGCAGGUGCGGCACUUUGACUACGUCGACGAGCCGUCGCGCGGACGCUCGCGGCACCGUACCUUUGGCUCGCACCGCGGCCGCGCCACGGCCCGGGGAAGGCGAGCUCCAGAGCGCGACCGUGGCCGUGGCGAGGCCUUCUCGACAGACGUCGUCGAGUCUUCCUCUCCGCUCACCUUCUCCCGUCCGGUGCCUGCAGUCGACGCUGCUGCUCCACCGGCGCUCGAGCAACUGGCUCCUCUUAUGGCCCGGCGACCGGCUGCAGAAGAUGCGCCAGAGGCGGUCGAGCCGGCCUUCGAGGAUGCCUACUUGCCCUUCGACUACCCGCACGGCACCUCUGAGCUGGCCUCGGAAGAUGUCAAGUACACGCGCUCGCGCCUGCCCGUCCUCGGCCCGCAGUCGCUGCAUCUAUGGCGGGCGCUCCACAAGCUGCGGCCGCUCACGUACGACUACGCGGAUGCCUUUGGCGUCGCCUCGCCCGCUGCACCGCAUCCGCUCGUCGAGGGCGCCGACGCCUCGGCGUGCCCGGUCUUUGCAGCCGCAGGCUCGCCGCAGCAGAGCGGUUCGCUGGCCCUGAUCAGGCGCGUCUUCAACUGGGACCAGCUCGAGCUGCCCGAGGCCUCGUCAGGAGAGUGGUACGGCGUGGUCUUCCGGUCGCGCCGGCAGAGCGGCUCGGAGAGCACGAGCCUCUACGAUGCGGACCGCCACGCACACGAGGAGGCCGUCAACGCCGGCGGGCUGCUCAUGUACGGCACGCCCGACACGCAAGGCAGCAACCUCGCCACCUGCGUGUGGACAUCGCGGGAGGCGGCGCGGGCCGCCAGCAGCCUCCCGCUGCACGCCAAGGCCGCAGCCAAGAGUCGCAAGGCGUAUGCGACCUUUGAGCUCGGCCGCUACAAGCUGUCCAAGCACGCCGGCGAGACACGGCUGCGCAUAGACGAGUGGCGCGAGGGCGACGAGCUCGCAGAGCAGGAGUGGGACCUCUAA